AUGGCGGCGUCCACGCUGAAGUACGAGGGUUGCAAUUUUUUCCGCCAAAGACUCGUUUUAGCCACUUUGAGUGGGAAGUCAGUCCGGAUUACUAAAAUUAGAGCCAAAGAUGACGAUCCAGGAUUACGUGAUUUUGAGGCAAGUUUCAUCAGACUGUUGGAUAGAGUCACCAACGGAUCUCGCAUUGAAGUCAAUGAAACAGGUACCAGCGUCUUCUAUCAACCAGGGCUAUUGAGUGGGGGAACCAUUGAGCAUGACUGCAACACACAGAGAGCUAUAGGAUACUACCUGGAGGCGUUGAUACAACUGGCCCCCUUCAUGAAGAAACCAAUCAAAGCUGUACUCCGGGGCAUCACUAAUGAUCAAGUGGAUCCAUCGGUUGACGUUAUAAAAACAGCAUCCUUCCCAAUACUUAGGAAGUUCUACAUUGAUGAGGGUCUGGAGCUAAAGAUAACUAGAAGAGGAGCACCCCCUGGUGGAGGCGGUGAAGUGGUCUUUAAAUGUCCUUCAAAGAAAACACUCCGGCCACUUCAGUUCAUCAGACCAGGGAAAAUCAAAAGAAUACGGGGAGUAGCAUAUGCGAUGCGUGUUUCGCCGGCUGUUGCUAACAGAAUAGUUGACGCUGCUCGCAGUGUUCUCAAUCAAUUCCUUCCAGACAUCUACAUCUACACAGACCACGUCAAGGGAGCACAGUCAGGAAAGUCUCCAGGGUUUGGCUUGUCAUUAGUCGCUGAAACAACAGAGGGCGCUUUCCUGAGUGCGGAGCUGUCAUCGAAUCAGAAGGGUCAGACACCAACGAUUCCCGAAGACCUUGGCAAGGAGACGGCGAUGCUCCUUAUGGAAGAAAUCUACAGAGGAGGAUGUGUUGAUUCAAGGCAUCAGAGCUUAGCGUUAUUAUUCAUGGCUCUUGGCCAAUCAGAUGUCUCCAAAUUAUUGACUGGACCGCUCUCACCACAUACGAUCCAGUUUCUUCGACACAUGAGAGAUUUCUUCCAAGUGAUGUUCAAGAUGGAGUCACAGCAAUCCAAUGAAGACGAUGAUGCAGCGGAGGAUGGAGAAGAGGGCCAGAGAGUGGGCGGGGACAAAGUCCUCCUGACUUGUGUCGGAGUGGGAUUCACAAACCUCAGCAAGACAACGUUAUGAGGAAUCAUUUUGAGAGGGGUGCUCCCUUAUUUUUAAAUGGGACUGUGACAUUUCUUGUGAAAAAAUUUGUAUAAUCAAAGGCUUCAACCAGAACUGUAGGCCUUACAUUUGCUGACACGUAUCGGAGGAGUUGGAUUCACAAUAUUCAUCAAGAAAAUGUAAUGAGGAAUCAUUUUGGGAGGGGGUGCUCCCCUAUUUUUAAAUAGGACUAUGACAUUUCUUUGGAAGUCAGAUCUUUUAUAAUUGUAGGCUUCCACGAGAGCUGGCUUUAAAUUCAGUCACAUUAGUGGUUUGUGAACACACAUCAUCUAACUUAAGUCUUUGGAAAAAAAAGUUAAUGGUCUGACGUUUCGACCCUAGCGGAGUCUUUCUCGAAGGCUAAAUUACUAUUUUCAAAACUCAUGAUUGUAACUUAUUAUUUAUAUGUAUUCUUUUUGUAGAGGCCAGACCCUGUACAAGCCUAGGCUUUCUGUCUGCGACCUCCCCAUACUGUUAUUAAUUUCUAUGAUUAGUUUUUCCCUUACAUUGUACAUGUACACAUGGUAUGGAUAAUAAACCUGAACCUGAACCUGAACAACACAACAAACAUGAACAGGUAACUAAGUGAAACAUAAGCAGUGAGGUGGAUAUACGUGAAUGGGGUAGAAAGCAUGCAGAAUAAAGCAAGGGGUAAACAACUAAUGGGGGACAAAAGGGG